GGCACGUUGCUCUCGUCGGAAAGACGUCUCUCACACUCCUGGUUCGGCGACAUGAACGGCGAACACACCCCCAGCGACUCGACUCGCUCCAGCGAAUCAACUCAUGCCAGUAACAAGACGCUUCCAAGACCAGCGCUUCAGCAGUCAAAGGACGCGAAAGUCACCAAGCCCAAGCGCACUGUCGUCCAUGUUGCAUGUGCUUGUUGUAGACGACUCCGUAUCAAGUGUGAUGGAGUCAGACCGACUUGCCAAUCAUGCGCCAGAAGAUACGAGGACUGUGUGUACGAUGUCGAGGCCAACACGACGCGGUCCAACGCGCUGAAGCGCAGAAACGAAGAGCUGGCACAGGAAAACACCCAGCUUCGAAGGCUGUACGACUUUCUCCUUAACCGUCCCCUACUCGAGGCCGAAGAAAUCUUUCGUCGCAUUCGCAGUACUCAGGAUCCACUCCAGGUCUUACGCCAUGUUACCACUGCCGACAUGCUCAUGGCUCAGACGACCGCUCCUGAAAUCCAGAUUCAGAGCCAGGAUCCUCAACCCAGUUCAACCAAGCGAAAACAUGUCUCCGGGUUACGCAGAUAUGAUCCUGUUCACGACAAUCAGUGA